AAUAAUCCGUUUUAAUGAGAACAGUGAUUCUGAUAGUUAUUCUGAUAUGUAUGGCUCAAUCAGCUCAACAUUUGAGACAAAAGAAGAGCCAUAUUUUGAAUGGAUAAAAAUAAGCUUUGAUUCAAAAAUAGGUGCAAUAUAUUGAUGAUGAUGUUUCAUUGAAUCAGGAACAAGAUGUAUAAUAAGAAGGCUUCUAAGAAAUCAAUGUUCAUGAGUAAAAGUAGGUUCAAAUAGAAGAAGAAGCAGUAAUAUAAAUUGAUGAAGAACAAACAUUGACUCCAGAAUAAAUGGAAGAGUUGGACAGAAAAGAAUAAGAAGAAUACGAGAGAAUGAAGAGAUAAAGACUUGAAGAAUAGCAUUUAAAUGACGAAGACUCUUAUAUGUCGAGUCAAGAGAAUGAAAGAAAAGAAAAUACUCAAUAUGAUCCUGAAAGUGAAAUGCCUGUUGAUGUGGUUGAACAUUAACUUACUCCAGUAAUUUAAAAGGAUCCAAUUCCUGAUUAAAAGGGAGUUGUUUCUCCAUUUGCUCCAGCUGAUAAUAGUUUACCUUAUUCAUCAUAUGAUAGCGAAAGUGGAUUCGAGAUUAAGGAAAGUGAUAUCAAAAUGUAGGGAUCAAUAAGUCCAAACGAUUUGGAUUAAUAUUUGCAAGAGUAAUAUAGAAAGGAGAUGGAGUAAUUUGCAAAUUUCCACAUUUGA